AUGAAAUAAAAAAUAAAUAUAGAUGAAAUAUCUGAUAAAGUUUAUAAUUACAGAAAUGAACAUAACAUCAAUUUAUACGAAUAAUUAAACAAAGAUUUUAUUUUUUAAAUGCUAGAUAGAGAAAAAAUUGAAGAACUUGAAAAUCAAUUUUCUUCAAAAAGCAUUGACAUAAUAGAUUUUGUUAAAUUCUUUUCUACAAAACAAAAAUAUAAAGAAGAUGAAAUACUAUAUAUAAUAAUGGCUUCUAUUGAUUUAUUUAAAAGUAUUACAGAAAAACUUUAAUUUACCUAAAAGAUAAAUUUAUAAGAUAUAACUUCAUAUAUUUGUGAUCAAUAAUAAGAUAAAAACUAUUCUUAAUAUAAAAUAUAAACUUUUAAUUUUCCCGAGCAACAAAAAUACAAUAUAAAUCCAACAAAAAUACGUUAUGUAGAUAUAAAUAUGCCUCAAAUAUACGGAAAAUGUGAAGAAGCUUUACACCGAUUAGUAAAAUAAUAAAUACAAACAGAUUCCGUUCCACAUAAAAAUCAUUACAUAUAAAAAAUUAGUGGAAUUUAUGCCGAAGAAAUAAACAUCGCAGUGGCUUCUGCAGAUAAACUUUUAACUCUUUGGGAUUUCUCGUCUUAAAAAAUCAUUUAAAAAUUAGAAUUUUAAAAAUCUGGUAUACAUUCUUUCCUAUAUUUCUAAUCUUUUCAAACUCUAGUCUGUUCUGCAUAUUCAAAUGUAAUCAGUAUAUUUUCUUUAGAACCAAAAGAUGUCGAUAUUAUUUAAAAAGGAGAACUUGUAGGUCAUAUAAGUAUGGUCACUUCUAUUGAUUGUGUAGAAAAAACUCCAAUGAUUAUUAGUGGAGACGAUUAAGGAAAUAUUAAAAUUUGGGAUAUUAGGACCCUAAAGUGCAUUUAGAGUAUAGAAUGUGGAUAAAGGACUAAUAGAACCAACAUGUAUUUUAGUAACAAAUUAUUUCCCUUUGUUAUUUAUUUCCGCGAAUGA